CCUGGCACUUGUUAUUAGAGUUUUCCGUGUGUUGCCCUGCGAGAAUUUCCACCACUUCCUAGAAUACGAAAAACGAUAAAAAGGGGACUAAAUUCUAAGUCCAAUUAAGACGACAUAUAACGCGAUAAAAAAUUAUUUUCUUUUUUUCUUAUCUUUUUUGUGUAUUUUAACAUUAAAAAGAUAUGUAAAAUUUAAAAGUUAAACUGUUUUUUGUAAACUAUUUGAUGUAUGUAUACUUAACAGAGUCCGGAAAUUACUCGUUGUGGAUGCGUUAACCCAUGGAAGACCACGGAUUCAGCUUUAUUUUAUGGGGAAUCACGUGCGGCCAGGCAUAGUUUUACAGUAUUCUGUGGAAUAUGAAUAUGCUAUCCUUUUCCAUUCCGCCAUUUUCAGGGGUUUCGUUUUUUUGUCUGAGCACGGUUACUUUCUUGUAGAAAAACAGCUUGUUGUAAAGUUGUGUAUAAACUAGAACCAUGAGCUGCUUGUUCAGCGAAAAAGGUCUAGAUCUGGAUACUGCCAUAAGUAUUUUGGAAAACAUUGAAGAUUAUGUCACCAUUAAUCAACCACCAGUCAAGCCGAAAGGUGGAGAGGUCUUUAUUUUCAUACCGGACUCUCCUCAUGAACAAGAGAAUUACAAGUGUGAUCAAUACAGAUGGUUAAAUUCUGGACCAAAAGAAAUCCCCCGAAAAAAUCCACUUGUCAAGAAACAGUAUUUUAUUGGCAAGCUUCCUCAAGGAAAAACACAAGCAUUUCAAAAACAUUGUUAUGUAUUGGUGGGUGAUAAUCGAUUACCAUAUCCAGUACUUCUACAUUAUAUUGGAGAUGAAACAGUAAUGGUUGAUUAUCCUCAUGGAAACUCAAAAAAGUCCAAUUCAGCAUACUUUGCUAUUGCGCCUUCUGUUCGAAGAGAUAUUGCUAAUCGAAGCAAAAGUGCAAUGCCCACUGCCAUUAUAAAUUCAUACAAAACCAGUCCUUCAUCUUAUUCAGUAAAUGAAGCGGGGGAAAAAGACAUUAAUCCUGUAUUGACACCAAGAAACAAAUCUCAAGUGAGAAAUAUUCGACGCAAACAGAAAUUAUCAAAUGUAAAGGACUGCAUCCCGAAAGAUGAUUUGGCUACAUUACAUAGUCUAGGUUCAGAGUUAAUUGGGUUUUGUCAUUACAUUCGCACUCAACCGGAACUAGCUUGUAUUGUUGGCUUAAAUGACAUAAGUACUGAAGUGGAAAACUUAAUGAAGUUAAACAAUAAUGUAGUGGUGUUUUCAUUUCAUGAAACAUACAAAGUUGGACGUUAUACUAUAACGCCAUUUAAUUUUGUCCAUGCAGCAUUUUCAGACCUGCCUACUGUUCCAAGUUAUUUCAUGAUUUCUGAGACUUCCGAUUUUUUUGCUUACGAAAAAUUUCUACAGAUUGUUAUUGAUUGUAUACCAGCGUUAGAAGAGUGCCAUACAGCUGUUGUAACAAACCAAGAGUAUACUUUUACAUCUGCAAUAACUGUAUCAUUUCCAAACUGGCUGCAAAUUUACGAUUGGGAGAUAUUGUUUGCUGCUGCUAGGGCGUUUCUUCGGAAACUGCAUGUGGAUAUUAAAGACAUAAGUAUGCGAAUAAAACAACUAAAAAGUUUAAUGAGCUCUGAGUCCAUUGAAGAUUAUAGGCUUGAGUUAGAGAGGUUAAAAAAAGACUGGCCCUUAGGAUUUUGUGAAUAUUAUUUGCAAGUACUACAAGAACCAGUUGAAAUGAGAUUAGGCAGGUGGAUUCUUGAGAGGUACAAAUUGUACUCACCCCAUUUGGGCGUUUUACGUGGUGUGAACCCUGAUCUACAACUGGUUAUUAAGAACUUACAAGAACUUAAAGAUGUUUCCUUAGAUGUGAUACUACCAUCUUUGUAUCAUCUUCAAGUUUAUGUGUACGUGAACAUACAGAAAGGUUUUUGUGGCAUUGGGAAGUACAACUUGAGCAGCUCUUUUAAGUUUUUACUGCGAGAUAUUGACGAACUUGUACUUCCAAGUAAAGUGUACGAACCUGCCGGAAUAGUUAAAAUAUUUCGUGUUCGAGGAAUCACGCUGUUCUCGGAGAGCUCAGAUUUGUGUGAUGACGACAACACUUCGCUUCUUCAAGCACAACGGAUUGUGGAGAUGGGGCAUAUUUCACACAGCACGGAUUUGAAAGCUUUUUUAGUAAAGUCAACAUCAGGUAGUCUACAUGGCGUACAGUUGUUUCCCCGAGAGUCUUGUUCGUGUUCUAUCAACCAACGCUGUGCGCACAUCAUGGCCGUUAUGCUUGCCCUCGGAAUGCCCGUCACAUACGACAAGAAAGGAUCAAUUAAAAUGAUCAAGCCACAAGUAAUAACAACACCUAGUGCUGAAUACCUUAUGGAAUCUGUACAGCCAAAGCAUGAUGGGACGAAUGAAAGUGAAAAGGCUGACUCGGCAGUUGCAGAAAUAUUAAAUGUCGAUGAGAAAGCAGGAGAAGAAACUGCGCAUAUAUUGCAUGAAGCUGCGACCACCGUGUCAGACGCAAAUACAGUGUUUACUUCGAUGGCGGAUGCUUACCAACAAUCACAAAACAUUGUACAAGUUAACUCCGCAGACCUGGAGAGUGUGCUCAGCGCUUCUCAAGGCAAUGAAGUGCUAAUGGUAGUCGCCGACACCUCAGGUGGAGAUCAGAAAUCAUUGAUUACGUAUGAAGUAGCUCAAGAAGCGAUGUUGGCUGACGCGCAGGCGCAUAACCAAUCAGUGAAUUCCGCAGCGAACGUUGAAAUUGUAGGACUGCAAACUGCUGACUCAUUUACACAUAACGAACAACAAGAGCAUAUAGAAAACAAAAUUCCUGUGUCACAGGCUAUCACAAUUGCCCAAGGUCAUGAUGGCGUUACUUCUACAGAACAAACCAACUUUGACGAAGUUCAUGGAAAGAGGAUAAAAUUAGAUGGGGAUAUUCGUCCGGAAGAACUUAUAUUGACAAUGAGUGAAGUCAUGCACAAAACAAAUAGCUUAUAAAUACAAAUUUUCUAAUUUAAAAUGUUAUUGUUAUUAUGUAAUAUGUAAUCAAAUAACAUUUUUUUAAAUGCCA